AUGUCAAAAGUUAUUACAGUAUUCGGCGCAACUGGCAAUCAAGGUGGCUCUGUCAUCCAGGCCAUACUCGCCGACCCCAAUCUCAGCAAAGAAUACAAAGUCCGCGGAAUUACCCGCGAUGUCUUCAAAGAGUCUGCAAAGAGACUUGCCUCACAGGGUGUCGAAAUGAUUGCCGCGGACUUAUCAUCACCUCCUCAACUCCUCAACGCCAUUCAAGGCUCCCACACAGUUUUUCUAGUAACAAAUUUCUGGGAAACCACCAACAAAGAGAUUGAAAUUCGCCAAGGCAAAGCCGUCACUGAUAUCUGCAAGGAGACCGGGGUCCAGCAUCUCAUCUUCUCAUCUCUUCAGGGUUUCACUGAGUUGACGGGUGGACGACUCUCAAACGUUGCUUAUUUCGAUAGCAAGGCCGAAAUUGAGAAAUAUAUACGCAACAGUGGUAUGCCGGCGACGUUUGUGUUGGCUGGUUUUUUCAUGACAAACUUUUCGGAAUCGUUGAAGAAACGCGGGGAUGUGUUGACGCUUGAAUGGCCUGUUGAUCCGGACAAGGCGAAAGUGCCGCUUUUGGAUGUUAAUGAGGAUACUGGUAAAUUCGUCAAAGCAGUUAUCAAGAAAUUCCCAAGCACGGUUGGGAAACGAGUCCUCAUGGCUGAGGCUUAUUAUACUCCCAAGCAAAUCGUCGCGGAAAUUGCAGAGACACUCGGAAUCAAAACGGCGGCUGUGAAAAUUCCCCAGGACUCAUUUACGUCGUUUCUCGCUCCGGAACUCACGCAGGGAACGAUUGAGAAUUUGUUGGUGAUGGAGGCAGAAGGUUACUAUGGUGGUGAGAGUUUGGAGCCUUCGCUUGCCAUCCUUGAAGAAAAGCCUGUUUCUUGGAAGGAAUUUGUUCAAAAGAAUGCAUCUUCAUUUUUCUAA